AGAUUCACAGAUACGAGACGCAUCGUCGUGGUGAAAGCUCAAGCUGAGGAUUUAACAAAUCACCGAACAGAGGACAGCUCAACAUUAUGUCUCAGGUAACAGACUAGACCUUUCUGUCACCAUCAUGCUGGCAUCAUGCAUGUAACCAGGUAAAAUGAUUUGCAGCCUUUAAUAUUGAGAAAGGAGAGAACGAAAAGUGUAGUGUUUAUAGAACAACCGAAUAUUUUCCAUCCAAACAAGACCAGUAAUCUGUGUACGAAUAUGGCCAGCCCCCAGACAAGUCUGAAAACCCCUUUUAAAGACCUGACGUCAUUCAAAGGCAACAUGAAAAGGCUGUACAGGGAGCGGCUGGAGGAUGCACCCAUUAAAAAACGGGUAAUGGCAGAGAUGCACUUGAAACGUAACAGUCUAGAGACUGUCCCGAAACCCCUGAAGGUAAAGAAGGAGCGCGAGGAGCACACCAGCUCUGAAAUGGAAAUUGAGGGGAGGCAGUUCCAUGUCGUCGGAGCUUCCAAGGCAUUAGAUCUUAGCGCCGGACUCAAGCACACACUGGCUCAAUUCACUCUAAGCAGCCAGAGCUCCCUGGGAGGUCCUGCUGCUUUCUCAGCAAAAUCUGCUCAAGAGUGUGCCUCUCCUGCUGGCAUGGCUCCCAUACCAUCUCCUUCAGUCCUUGGAGGCGGCCCUCUCUUGGUUCCCUGCGACAGCUCCACAGAGCUUACUCACUCUCUUCUAGAAGGAGAGUCCAUCUCCUGCUUUGUCGUGGGGGGCGAGAAGCGCCUCUGUCUGCCCCAGGUACUCAAUUCAGUUCUGCGAGACUUCUCUCUGCAGCAAAUCAAUGCAGUGUGUGACGAACUUUAUGUUUACUGCUCCCGCUGUGAUGCCGAACAGCUGCAUAUUCUCAAGGUGCUGGGCAUCCUGCCUUUUAAUGCACCUUCUUGUGGCCUCAUCACCCUGACUGAUGCCCAGAGGCUCUGUAACGCCCUGCUCCGUCCAGGGGCUGUCCUCCCGGCCGACCACAACAGCAAACUGACAGGUCAAGGCCUGCUUAAGGAGAGUGAGGCCAGUUUCCAGGUGGAGCACCAGUGUCUGGGCAAGUGCCAAGGCCUGUUUGUACCCCAGUUCUACGUCCAGCUAGACGCCCCCUGUAUUCAGUGUAUGGAAUGCCAGCUGCUCUUUUCCCCACAGAACUUUGUAAUGCACUCGCACAAGUCCCCCGACAAGAGGACCUGCCACUGGGGCUUCGAUUCAGCUAAGUGGCCCUGCUACCUACAGCUGAGCCGCAAGCAUGAGGGCACGUCAGAGGAGCCCCAACUCAAACAGCUGUUGGAUGAGAUGAAGGAGAAGUUUCACUAUCAGCUAAAGAGGUCUCUGGACAAAAAGGUGGUCGAUGACAACAGUCAUGGGCAGAAGUCCAGUCCUGCCCCCUCCCCUGCCAACAGCAAGCUGUCUGAUGGUGUCUGUGAGAAAAAGAUGCUGCCAAAAGGUAACUCCCAGUCUUCACUUGUGUUCAAUCGAAUGUUUGCUGACAUCAAAGAGGAACCAGGACACAGCCCCAUCAUCCACCCGAGUUACUACCUGUACACAUACGAUAAGAUGGUGGCCCCAAACGUGUCCCUGCACAAGGAGGGGGAGGUGAGCCAUGAGUUUCUGGGUGCCCUGCUCAAACAACACUACAGCAGGAGAACAUUCGCCCAUGACAGCCAGCCUGCCAUAGAUCUUCCCGCAUCUCCUUUCCCCGUCGCGGAGGAGGCCAAAUCCCAACAAAUGGGCAACGCGCACGAGUGCCGCCAACCUCCUCCACCAGUCACCAUGGAGACCAGCCUAGGUGGUAAGCAGCACGCCCCCGCUUCCAUGGUGGGUAAAGAUGGUACAGAGGAUGACAAAGACAGGAUCAUGCUGGAGAUUGUGCAGAUGUACCGUCGGCAGCAAGAAAAACUCAACUCCACCCUUCAGAAACAGCUUCAGCUGGAGAUGGAGCUGGAGGCAGUGCGUGGGGGCGAGGCGGCUAGGCUGAGGGAGUUGUCUGCAGAGCAGCUGGAGCUGCAGAAUGAGCUGGAGGCAGUGCACACUGAGCAUGCUCAGAGACUGGGGGAGGUGCGGCAGGAGCAGAGGCAGCUGGAACACAGACUGGAGCAGCUCAGGCAGCAGAGCUGCGCCUGCCAACCAAAAGAACAGGAGGCGCAAUACAACGCACAGCUGUGCGAGCUGCGCUGUCGUCUCGAGCGUGCCGAGACGGAACGCCAGGAACUGCAAGAAGAGCUGUGCAGAGAGCGGGAGGCCAGAGAGAAGAUGGAGCUCAUGAUCACGCAGCUUCAACAGCAGAUGGCUAAGUCUGGCACCAGGGGGAGCCGCAGCAGUAGCCCUGCCCAGCCCCCAACCCCCUCCGCCAGCCCCCAAUCCCAGCAUUCCCCCUCUUCACUGGCCCAUGAGGUAACCUCCGGCUAAACUGCUCCACCCGCCCCCUCCACUCACUUCAACGCCUGUAGCCCAGGAACAAGCUCACCCACUCCCUGCAGAGUCCCAGACAAACACAAAACAACCCUCUGCAGAAAAGAGCUGCUCCCCAUAACUGUUCCCCUUCGUGUCUCACCACCACAAAAAGGCUUAAUGUUUGUCUUUAAUUUAAAAUGACUUUUUCAGUCAUCUUGCUCUCAACCAGACAUUUAAGCAUUUGUUUGGGUGCACUUGUUUGUUUUAAUUUAUAGUCGUGCUGAGAGGCUAAUGGGACACAUAGGAGGUGCUUGUUUUCAGGACUCUUUACCUCCUGUGGUGUCAGACAGUAUGCUGAGCUCAGAACCACAGUGAAGGGCUUUUCCACUCCCAGCCCUGUGAAAAUGGACCAACUCCACAGGAAACUAAGCUGACACUCACUCUGAUACCACCUGUCACUCUGAACCGUAAGAGGCCAAAUGACAAGAGGCCAAUGCCCUGCACUAGCAGCAGCAUCAAGCAUCCACAUGGAUGUUUACCUUUAUUUUAUUUUAAUUAACAAAUGGGGGAAUGUAUUUGUAGCUCAAUACAAAAAGAAUCAGUUAAACAAGUCAGAAUACUUUCAUGAAAGUGAUUCAAAAACAUACAGGCUAGAAGACACAGGCACCCCUUACUGAGGCCCCCUGGUUUAAGAUCAUAGUCCUCCCCUCCUCUUAGUCCUCUUGCUCUUCUUUUCUCUCCAUUUUCCCCCUCUCUCCCUGGCUCCCUCUUGAACUACCCGCAGUUUGUCUUUUGCAGUCUGGUGUUGAUUAUUUGUUUCCUGUCUGUACAGAUGACCCUGUGCAGGCUGGUAUAUAACAAACAGCUCACUUCAUUCCUAUGUGAUGCAGUAAGCAAAGACUCACGUUCGCCCUCUGCUGGAGAACAGAAUGGAUACUCAGUCCCCAUUUAAUGAUAGGUAACAUCUGCAGUUGUGUAAACAAGGUUUCACAGUGCAGUUCACCUCACCCUUAUGUUUCUGCUCAAAGGGACCUCCAAACAUUGGAAGGGUUCCUGCAGCAGAGUCAAAGAGAACUCAUAAGCCAUAGUUUCUCAGACAUUACAAGACUAAGUAGUUAAAGACCCUGGAUUGUGUGAGCCAUUUAAUUAUGACAUACACCAAUCAGCCACAACAUUAAAACCACCUGCCUAAUAUUGUUUAGGUUCCCCUCGUGCCACCAAAACAGCGCCAACCCACAUCUCAGAAUAGCAUUCUGAGAUGCUAUACUUCUCACCACAAUUGUACAGAGCGGUUAUCUGAGUUACCGUAGACUUUGUCAGUUCGAACCAGUCUGGCCACUCUCUGUUGACCUCUCUCAUCAACAAGGCAUUUCGUCUGCAGAAUUGCCCCUCAAUGGAUGUUUUUUGUUUUUGGCACCAUUCGGAGUAAAUUCUAUAGACUGUUGGUGUAUAUCUGGCUCUGAAUCAAUGCCAUAUGUUUAAACAUAGUACACAGCAGACCUUAUAUAUGACAUUCACUCACCCUCAUAUUGUUCCAAACCUGCAUGGCUUCAGUCACUAUUCACUUUCAUUGCUUGGUAAAAAGAUGCAAUGAUAGUGAAUGGUGACUGAGACUAACAUACUUUGAACAUAAUCUUUUGUAUUCCACAAAAUAAAAAAGACAUAUUUGGAACAACAUGAGGGUGAGUAAAUGAUCACAGAGUUUUCAUUUUUGUGUAAACUAUCCCUUUAAAUUCAAGAACUGCAACUAAAGUACAGUGUUUGAUCUUGAAUGCUGCAUUCCAGGUAAAGAGAACUGCCUUUUGAUUUGGGUGUUUUGCCUGACUUUUUUUUACCCCCCUUUUCAGUCCACGGUGUUAUUAUUCUGGUUGACUGAACAAACAGGUCUGACAGAGAGAAGGAAAACAGAGAGGAAGGCCAAAGGAGGGACAUUAAGGGAUUGAUGCUGUCAUGUUAGCUCCUAGUCACUAGGGUAGACAGGCAGGCUUUCUCAGUAGAAUGGGGCAGCUGCCUUUGAUGCCCAGGGGCCGCUUGCCACCCUGCCCCUCCCUCUGUGUACACCCAUACAGAGAGUGCAGAUGGAUGGGUAGAAAAAGAGACAGAGCGACAGACACAGGAAAGGACGUGCUUUUGGCAGUAGAGCUGUUUUUGUGUGUGUGUGCCUGUGGGCUUAUUGUUUAGUUGAGUGGGUGUGUAAAAAUAAUGGAAUGAAAUAUAUGCGUUUAUCAAAAACUUUCUUUUAUGUUGUACAUAUAGUUCAUAUAGAACAUUCCACUGUGCACAACUCAUAGACUGCAAUAUCAGCCAAGCCGCAGCUGUUUUGUGCUAACGUGUACAGUGCAAAAACUCUUAAACGUGAAGAGGAAAAAAAACACCCUGACUGAUGUGAAUACAUCCAGCAAUGAAGAAUUGAAAACGAACUUGUCCGUAAUUAAGGACUAUACUGUAAAUGAGUGCUCUGUUAUUGUUAAGAUUUUUCUUGGAAUUAUUCAGAAAUUAUUUAAUGUAUUAUUAACUAAUAAAGAUUUAUAUACACUUUGUA